UCGUGGAAUUCCUAAACCGUUACUUUACAAGAACACUCCUCAACUAUCCAGUUGAAACGGAUCUAUGGUAUAAACUCUUCUUAUUUUUUUCUUUAUCCGAGGGAGUUUUACUUUUGGGAACCAGUAGACCUGUGAGUGAGACUGUAAUCCAGCCGUCUGCGCGGAGAGGAAGUUCGGCUACUGUUUACUUUUUUUUCUCUUAGAGUAGCCUAACCCAAACCAGGUGAAGUCGCGCCCCGGUGCGCGGCCAGCGCUCGGAUAUAGUGGAAACCCUCUUUGUAGUCUGUAGUCUAUUUCAGGGUCUGAAGUCUUGGUGAAGUUCUUUAUUUUUCUCCCUUCAGUUUGGUUCUAUCUGUGUCUGAUCUGAUGUUUUAUUGCGUCCUGCUUUUGGUUCUGGAUGGGAAUGGCAGUUUUCUGACAGCGGGCAGGAGCAGAGUCUGAUCUAGCCACAGUCAUGAGGUUCCGCUACACGAGAAUGUUUUUAAUAAUCUGAGGGGCACUCUUCCCUAAAGAAAGAGAGAGGGAAAACUUUUCCAUGCUCUCUCGGGGCUCCAUGGUUUUUGAGGAUGUGAAAGUUGGACUGUGGCUCACUUUGCUCUAACUUCAUUAUCACGAAUAACGGAAUAACAACGUUGGGGAAAAGGUUUUGUUUGUUUGUGCCAGCUCACAAAUCAACACUUAAAUGUGCCAUAGCGACGGCUCUUGGACACCGUGUACCCACUCUGAAAUACAAACCAGGUCAUCUUUCAAAAAAGAUAACAUGCAGCACAAUGUUUCAGGUCGUGGUUUAUUCCUGAAGUGCGUGUUUUUAUAGAUAGCAAAAACAAAGAGCAGCGGGGCUAACGGCCAGAGUUGUGUGAGGUCUGAGUAAGACGCGGAGAAGAAGUAGGCUAAACAUCAUCCCUCAUGGUAUGCCUUUAUUCUUCUGCCAGCAAAGUUGGGAGUGAAGCGGGAAUGUUUCUUCCGCGGCUCUGGACGCUCCGCCGCAGGUAUUGCUCCGGACGAUUAUUGCUCCUAGGGGUCGCGUUGUGUCUUUUCUACCAGACCCUGAUGGUGGCACGGAGUCGGUUCAAAGGCGGCCCAGCCGCGGCUGAUGAACGCAACAAGUCAACGAUGACUGGAGCGUUGGAGGUAUUUGAUGAACUUCUGCAGGACCCUGCGAGGCUAAUUUCUACCCUGGAGGCUUUGGAGAGGGAAAUAUAUGGGUCCAAUCAGAACCGGGCCGGGCGGGUCACGCGGGCCAUCGUGUUGACGGGUCAGCACGUAGCCGCGGAUACAGAGGUCCAGCUGUUCCAGCGGAUCCUGGAGCAGCGAGGCUACGAGGUCAGCCUGUCCCGAUACGCAGAGACCAACACUGCCCUGAGACACGACAACGGUGGCAGUGUGGAGUGGAGUGUGUUGGUGUGUCUGAGCGGUUCAGAGAAGAGUUGCCUGAGGAAAGUGUCCUUCUCCCAUCUGCAGCCCCAUCAGAGGGUCAACAUGAUACCUGGGCUGGUGGGGGCCUUCUCUGAUGUGGAUGGGCUCUGUCGCUUCCAGACAGACAGCCGGCUAGCAGGCCUGGCAUUACGCAUCAAUCCAUCUGCCUGUGGAUCGCCCCUCCCCAAGCUGGGAGAUGUUCGUCAUGUGGCACAUGGUGAUUGGAACCCAGCUAUCACCACACUUAACUUGGUGAGCCCUGGCCUCUUUGCCAUGGUGACGGUUUAUGUCCUGGUCACCUCGGUAACGCCGCUCACAGCCUUCCUUCAUCACACGGGCCUGGUCAGGACAAACGAAGACAUGGACAGCUACACCACACAGCUCAAGCCCUUUCUUCUGCAGCAGCUGGGUCCUGAUGCAUCCCAUGAGGCCUUGGACCAUGUGAAGGAGGUCAUAGGUCAGGUGUUGAGGGUGGCAGCAUUGACCAAUGAGGAGCCUAGCUCUCGGCACAGGUGGUGUCUCCUGUGUUUCCAGCUGAUGACAUUCACUCUUCAGUUCAGUGGUUCCCUUCUGCCUAUCAUAGUGAAGGCUGAGACUGACCUGCACUUUGAUGGGCUGAGGGACCCAGGGUUUGACGGACAGAUCACAAAAGAGUUCAUCCUGGAAGAUGCUCUUCUCUUCCUGCUCCCAGCACACAAUGGACAGGCCAGACGGAAGAGCCCUUCACACACCGAGACAGACGAUGGACAGAGGUAUGGUGGCUGUGGGGGGACAUACGGUCUCUGUCUACCAGAACACCAGACUCUCCUCCUCCUGCAGUUCCUCCGUCAGCUGAGGACACCAGGGCCAUUUGAACUGCUUUAUCCCGCAGCUUCUCCGCAGCGCUCUCCUAUCCAAGACUUUCUCUUUCGAUCGUUCCCUAGAGCGGAGGAGUUUGGGAGUGGGCUGCAUUUCUCAGCAUUGUUGGACAGAGUCUGUUCUCAUUAUACAGAGCAAAGGAACCAGACUUACAGGACCAAUGAAGCAGAGACACAGACCGGGUGGGACCAACACUCAGGCUCCCAGGACCUCCCUGGAGACAAAGAGCGGUGUGUGGACCCCCACCUCAGACAACUGUACACAGAUCCCCCUCUGACCCUCAGCCCCCCCUUCAGUCCCUGGGUGAAGGACUACCGUGCUGAGGUCCCCUUUGACGUGGUGACCCUACGCCUCCGCCCUGAGCCCAUCAGCCCAGCCUGUCACAUACACCUGGAUGAGCACAGAGGACCUAGAACAGCAAACUACCCGGUCGGCCUGGGUAACAGCAUAAUCAACAUCCUAGUGACGGACGAGUCGCUCACCACAGAGCCCGAGCCCGUUGUCAUGACAAUAUACACUUUGCACAUGUACCGUGAGAGCCGUCCCAGCCUGCCCAUGUUUGGGGAGCAUGUGAUGUGUGGCUUCGUGCAGGACUGUGGCCUGGUGGUGCAACCAGAUCAGCCCUGUGGUUUGGAGCCACUCCCUGGGCCACUCUCUCCAGGCGAGCCCCAGGCCCCAACUCGGCCCUGCAUCUCUGGGGAUGUACCAGGUCGUUGGGUGGUUCCUUGCCUCAGCUGUGCCGACAACCGGACCUGUGACUGGAGAGAGGUUGUCUGGCAACCCGAGGGCUGUUACCACCCCUUGCUGGACCUCCCCCAGCUGCAGGACUGCAUGAUGUACAGGAAGGUAAUGUUCAUAGGUGACUCCACUAACCGGGGGAUGAUGUACUUCCUGAUGGAGCGGGUCAACUCUAGUCUGGAGGACUGGGGCAAGGCCCACGACAGCCUGAUCUAUCGCAACGUCAAUCAGGGACACACACACGUCUCCUACUCCUACUACCCACAGUUCUGGCUGGAGCAGAGCCACAGACCCACCUUCCAGAGGGCCCUGGAGCAGCUCAUACUGAGGUCGCGACCCCUGGAGAACUCCCGUCAGACUGUGCUGGUGGCAGGAGGUGUCCAGUGGCUCAACACCAACCACCUAAGGAUCAUGAGAGAAGUGCUGGAGAGGGAAGGGCUACAGAAUAUCAUGGUGGUGGUGAAGUCUCUGGGCAUGGGCUUCCAUCUCCCUGUGGAUGGCAUCCGCUCUCUCUCACUGAGAGGAGUACAGGAGCUGUACAGAGAGAACAGCAACAUCAUCACCGCCGCAAAGCACUAUGGGUAUGAGGUCAUAGACACAUUCAGUGUCACCAUGGGACGCUACAAAGAGUUCCUGCAGGGACGGUGCGCCUGCCAUUUUCACGAGGUUAAAAAGCUGUCGUUCUCCAAGGCUCCGCUACACAGGAAGAUGAAGCUCCUUCAACACGGCGAGGAACCUGGAACCAGAACCAGUGGAACUGGAACCGGGUUCAGUGAUCAGCCCACCCUGCAGCACCAGGACCAGUGGGCGGGGUCUAACUCCUCCACCUAUCACGUGAGAGGAGCGGUCAACCAGGUGUACUCGCAGAUCCUGCUGAGCAGACUGUGUGUGAGAGACACGGGAAACUAGACCCACCCCUCACCACCACUGACUGUGUGUGUGUGUACUUGUGUCCUUGCUUACUAACGUGUGUGUGUGUGUGUGUGUGUGCGUGCAUGCGUGUGUACAUGCGUGCGUGCGUAUCCAUACAAGCAUCUCUCAAAAAAAAAAUUGAGGUCAUUCCGUCCAGGAAGUGCUGGAGUAACAGGAGAGUCCUGACUGGUCAGCCGUGUGACAGACAUCACCACUGUCUGUCACACAGACCUCCUCUGAUUGGCCCACACACUGGGCCCCCUGCCAUGUGACUGCUGCCUCUGCUAGGUAGAGGUUUCCAGAUGGUCGAAGAGGGGGAUCGCUGGCCUAAUACCAAAAGACAAGGGAAGCAGCUGGAGAAAGAAUAAAGAGGAGAGUGAGAGUGACUGUUGAAGGAGUGUGUCGUGUGUACAUCCCACAUGUAAGCCUUGCUCUCCAACCAACUGACAAUGCUCCCUCAACGCUCCAGCACAAACCUUUACAAUUGUAUAGUUUUAUAGUUGUGGAAAUGUUGUACAGCAUUGGUUCUCAAUCCUCUCCUCGUGUAUCCCCGGAAAUUCCAUGUGUUUGAUGUAUUCCAGAGCUAGCACACCUGAUUCAGAUUCAACUUGUCAACUAAUCAGGUGAGCUAGUUCAGGGCUACAACAACACUGUGAAACGUCUGGGGGUCCCCGAGGAGAGGUUCGAGAACCACUUUUGAUGUGUGCCUUUGAUGCCUUUGUGCAUCAGGAAAGCCGAUCUCUCGCCAUUGGAGGGACUUCUGGAUAUCCAGCUAUUCCUCCUCAUAUACAGUACCUCAUCCAUCCGCGUGUUCUGUGGACACCACAACGUAUUCUAUUCUAUGCCAAAGAUAUGACGAAAGCUGAGCUAUUCUUCAAGCGAAUGUCUUAUGUAGGAUUUUCUUAUAUUUCUACAUCUGCUUAUUCGUGCCCAUAAUGUUGAUAAUCAGUGUAUAAUGUUUUACAUGCAGCAUAUUGUUGACAUGCUAAUGAAGGACUGGUGUAAUGUAUGCUAUGGAUCUAUACAUAUUGUCUUAUCUGUCCUCUGAUCAUUUUUAUGGAGGGAACUGAGCUGGUGAAGAUGAAGGUAAUUGUAACAGAUAGCCACAAACACAAUGCACACGCACAGGAGUGGAGACUA